CGCAUUCAAUUACUCACCCGUAGAAACAACAGACGCCGAGAGCUAGACGCCUAACGAUAUUUUCAUAUAGAAAUAUCAAAUUUCACGACUGUUGUCCUGGAGAGCAUUCAACAAAGAGUGGCGUUUGAUAUUGCAGCAUGCCGUGUAAUGUUUGUGGGGUUCUGUUGCUGCUGGCAGCAUCAGUGGCCCUAACCCAAGCUCAGACGAUAAGGUUUCAAGACACAGCAGUCAGUAUAGCAGAGGGCAGUGUAGCUAAUGUUAGAGUGGAGAAGGCAGGGGCAAGCACUCAACAGAUCAAUAUUGCAGUAAAGAUUCAAGAUCAAAAUGAUGAUUUCUUUGAAAAAUCAACAAUUCUAACAUUUGAAGCGAGUGACACCUCUUCCACUGAGACUGCAUCGUUCACCUCAAUAGAUGAUGUGCUGCCAGAACCAGCAGAGAUCUUCAUGUUAACAUUACAAGUCAUAGGCAAUGGGGCUAGUAUUGGAAGCCCCAGCCAGGCUCAGGUCACCGUGGACGACAGCGACGAUGCUUUUGGGAUCAUUGCAUUCGAUAUGGUAUCACCAUUGUAUGUAAAUGAAGAUCAGGGUAGUAAUAACCCUGUCCAGUUCUUACUGAGAAGAGAUGCUGGUCUCUUUGGCACCGUAGUGGUUAACUAUCAGAUAUCAGGUGGCCCCAAUGCAGCAAGUAAUGACCUUUCACCUGUGACAUCAUCUGUUACAUUCCAAGAAGGGGAUUCGGCAGCAUCGUUUAUUGUAUCAGUACUAGCAGAUCAGGUGCCUGAGAAUGAAGAGGUUUUCAAUAUUGAGCUGACUAGUGUAACGGGUGGUGCACGGCUGAAUGCUUCGGCCUCAUCUAUGCAACUGAUCAUCCAAGAGAACGAUAGUCCCCUGCGCUUUGCCCAACCCCUCUACAUCUUUGAUGAGGAUGCAGGGAACGUCUUUGUGGAGGUCUUGAGAGGGUUGGCAGCUGAUGGAGAGACCAGUCUUGGCACUGUGGAGGGGUCUGUCACCGUGAACUAUUACCUCACACCCAGUGGUGCCGAAUUCGGUCUAGACUAUGUGGCAACGAAUGGCAGUAUCACCUUUUCUUCGGGAGAAACCAGGAUGCCCAUCAAUAUUGGGAUUUUACCGGACAGCACCCCAGAACUCAGUGAGGACAUUGUUAUUACCCUGAUCAACCCAUCCGAUAAUGCAGUUAUCGCAGCUCCAUCAAGUACUAUCGCAAGGAUCCUUGCAAACGAUGAUCACAACGGAGUUCUCUCCUUCAAUUCCUCCGGAUCUCUGUACAUCGUGGUUGAUGAGGAAACAACACGUAUCGUGAGAGACUUUGUGGUUGUGAGGACAGGAGGAGCAUUUGGAGAGGUGACUGUGGGUUACCAAGUGCUGCUCAACACCUCACAGACUCAAGAGUCUUCUGGCAUAGUCCGCUUCCAGGAUGGACAGCGAUCCCAGGAGCUCACCAUCCCGAUCUCACAGGACAGCAUACCAGAAGAAGCAGAGGUAUACAUCAUCCAGCUCCUACCUGAGACUGCCACAGGAGGCGUCAGGGUGGACGGGGUCAUUGAGGGGACUCUGGUGGUUCGUGACAGCGACGAUGUCUAUGGAGUCCUGCAGUUCUCUUCUGAUAGUGACCAGUCCAUCUUGGUCAGCCCUCAACCUAGGAGAUUGCAGCUCCUCUUGACCAGGAGUGGAGGAAGAGUUGGAGAUCUGCUUGUCACCUUCAAUGCAUCUUAUGUCUUGAUGGAUGGAUCUUUGGAUGAAACAGAAAAUGUCUUAGAAUCUGUUGGCAGCAGUACAACAGUAUUCCUGGAUGGAACCUCCGUCCAUCGUUUUGAGGUUCCUGUUCAGGCCAAUGCUUUCCUCAGUCUUGGUGCACAGUUUUUCAUCACGCUGGUGGAUGUGUCUCUGCUCAGUCCAACUCCGAUCCUCCCGCCCACCAGCCCUCGCAUCGGGUCAAAGGUCACAGUAUCUCUGCCAAUAACGACAGCCAUUGCUAAUGGAGAAAUUGGCUUCAAUAUGUUUGGCUUGGCCGUGGAUGUCCAGGAACCAAUGGGCCCAAAUCCAUAUGAACUAUCACUGAACCUGACCCGAGAAGGUACAUCAGGAGAAGCCGUGGUGCUUUGGAGGAUCAUUGAUCAAUCAGGUUCAGGGAACAUUGCCUCUGAGGAUGACUAUGGCUUUCCUAAUGGCUCUGUCAGGUUUGCUCCAGGUGAAUCUAUGCAGGUCCUCACUGUUGAAAUUUUACCUGAUGAACUUGCGGAAACAGAUGAAACGUUUGGAGUGGAACUUUAUCAAGUCUUUCCAGAUAAUCAGCUUCUUCGCUCCGAAGACACCAUCGCCACUGUCACCAUCCUUGAAAACGACAACCCUGGUGGCAGCUUUGAGUUCUCCUCUUCCACGGCUGGACCAUACACCAUCUCAGAAGGAGGUGAUGUCAUCCAGAUCCAGAUGGAACGUACUGGUGGAAGCUUGGUCCAGAGGAGUGUUGUAUUCUCCAUCGAGGGGGGUGGAAGUGCAGAGUUCUUUGGUGCCCAGGGCUUGGCAGAGUUUCCACCUGGUGUCCAUACCUACACUAUCACUCUUGCAGCAGUUGCUGAUGACAUCCCUGAAUUAGAUGAAACAUUUUACCUGACUCUCUCCCCAUACGGCACGCCUGCAAGCAAACUUGGUAACCGUACCAUGAUAGAGAUCACAGUCCUCAGCAACGAUGACCCGUAUGGCGUUAUUGAAUUCCAAGACGACCCAGCCUUGAUCUACAUUGAUGAGAGCACUAGCAGUAGCAACCAGACGGCUGAGUUUGCGGUGGUGAGGUCGAGAGGUACCUUCGGAGAGGCUUCUGUAUCUUGGAAUGUACAGCCUGCAGGAUCAUUCUUUGAUCUUAUUCCUACUCAAGGUGUUGUCACAUUUGGGAAUGGAGAAAGCCUCAAGUUUGUUUCUGUCACAGCUCGCAAUGACCAGAUUCCUGAAGGAUCUGAGAGUUUUACUAUCACUGUCUCUAACCCAACUGGAGGUAGCCGUCUUGGAGCACCUGCUACAGCCACUCUUAACAUCAAUAAAAAUGAUGAUGCUGUCUUCUUUGAAGAUCCUGUGAAUGUUACUGUGAAUGAGCCUGGUUCUGUGACCCUGACUGUCCGGCGGAACAGCACUGGAGACUCUGCAGCCACUGUAGACUUCCGGACCCUGCCAGGCACAGCCCUAUCGACCAGAGAUGACUUUGCAGAGACAAGCGGUCAGCUGAGCUUCCCUGUUGGAGUCAUGACGGCCUCUAUUGAUCUUCUCAUCUUGGAUGACACGGAACCUGAAGAUUCUGAAACAUUCUUGGUCCAGCUGUUCAACCCCAUUGGUGAUAUUGUAGUGUAUGGUUCUGGCAUAGCAACUGUAACUAUAGAAGCUAAUGAUGACCCAGGAGGUGUGUUCAGUUUCCUAGAACCAGUUGAAGAUGUUGUCACUAAUGAGGAGUCAGUCUUGAACUUUGUUGUUGUGAGAGAGCGUGGUAGCUUUGGAAUAGUCCAGGUCAACUGGGUCAUCACAACCAACACCUCGACACCUCUCUCUGACGAUGAAGACUUUGAAGAGGUCAGAGGUUACGUGGAGUUUGCAACCAGUCAGAAUCAAGGGACUAUCACCCUUCGGACCCUGACUGAUGGUAUCCCAGAGUUCAACGAACACUUCUUGCUUACGCUGACAAGUACAAAUGGUGGAGGGAGACUGUCUACAAGCCAGUCCCUGUCUGCAUCCAUUGAGAUCUUGGUGAAUGACGACCCUUACGGUGUCCUGGUAUUCUCCUCGUCCUCAAGGGAGAAGGAUGUUGCUGAGGAUUACUAUCCUGGUGAUGAGGACCUAGCAACAGCCAUCUUCACUGUGCAGAGACUCCAGGGGACCUCUGGGUCUGUAGGGGCUGUUUGGGAACUUUACUCAGAUAUCAUCUCAGGGAACCUCCCUAGCGUGAUUGACCUCCUCUUCCUUGGUGAAUAUAAUCCUUCUAACGGAGUAACUCUAGUGACCGGUGAACAGCGUCAGUACACUGGCACACCCGUCUACUCCUUCAAUGGGCAAAUAUUAUCACUGAUGACAGUACCCCAAGUCUACCACCCGUCCCGCACCGACACAGCCGCAGGGUUUACCAUGAGCGCUUGGGUGCGUCCUGACCAGGGCUGUGAUGGGUUCAUCAUCUCUAAGGUCUCUUCUGCUUCUGCCCUGGUGACCUACUACGGCCUCAGGCUCCAGGUUCCUUCCAGGACUGUCACAUACCUCGAGCUGGAGUACUCUACAGCAACACUGACCAACCUUGCCCUUGGGACCACCCGAUUUGAUCUGGAACUGACCAAUGGUGCAUGGCAUUUUGUUGUAGUCACAGUGGACAACCAGAGACUAAAAGCAAACCUCUAUAUAGAUGGUAUAGCAGUUGGAAUAGAUCUUGACCUUGCUGGUGUUGUAUUGGAUGGUGAUGGGCAGCUGUAUGUAGGAGCAUCUAGACCGGGGAAUGAACUCUACACUGGGAUGCUACAGGAUGUUAGGAUAUACAACAGUGUCCUUCAAGAGAGAGAGAUGAUGGAGCUCCUUAACAACCCUGUGGCCCAGGAUGUGACUCCCAUAUCAGGAACUGUGACCUUUGCCCCUGGCGUGACCUCUUCUGACCUGGAAGUGAAUUCUGUACAGGAUGUGGAGGAGGAAGGAAACGAGGUGUUCACCCUGUCUCUCAUGUCUGUCAGAGGGGGCGCAGCUCUCAGUGAUGGUGGAGAUGUGGCCCUACUAUCAGUCUUGAAGAGUGAUAAUGCCAAUGGACUCUUUGGCUUCUCUGGGCAAUGCACUUCCACAAAUGCUUCAACUUCAUCUACGGAGGCUCUUCAUUUCACCUGUGAGGUCGUCCGUUCCCGUGGUGACCAGGGCAUUGUAACCAUCCCCUGGGAAGUACGCCUUCAGUCCACAGAUAUGAUUGCAGAAGAGGACUUUGUCAAUGCAUCAGGGGUGGUCGUGUUUGGAAAUGGAGUUAGAGAACAGACUUUCACUUUUACGACCGUGGAUGACCUGGCUCCAGAAGUGCUGGAGGAGUUCAUUGUCCACCUCCUACCUUACCUUCCGUUCUCUGAUGAUGGAUUGAUUGGAUCAACCAACACCAGUGGAGCCAGCAUCGAUCCCACCGCUGCCACCAAUCUAAUCUCCAUCCCAUCCAGUGACAACCCGCAUGGUCUCCUCCAGUUCUCCAUCGGUCAGCCACCAGACCAGGCCGACCCGCUCCUGGCUCCUGCCUUGGGACUAGUGGAGACCACGGUUAGGGAGGAGGAGGGUGUGGCCAGGCUCUUGGUAGUGAGAGCCCAGGGGUUGCUAGGGGAUAUCACAGUGGAGUGGAGGACUGUGGAUGGCUCUGCUGUGUCUGCUGGAAAGAACCCAAUAGAUUUUGUGAGUGCAGGAGGCCGGCUCGAGUUCACCGACCAGCAGCGCUCUACCUACAUCUCUAUCGCUAUCGUAGAUAAUGAUAUUGCAGAGCUUGAGAAGUCUUUCCAGGUUCAGCUCUCUAGUCCUACAGGGGGAGCUCAAAUUGGACCAGCCUCCACGAUCCAAGUAGUCAUCCUCCCCUCGGAUAAUGCAUAUGGAACAUUUGAAUUUGACUCUCAAUCUCUGUUUGUAACGGCCGUGGAGCCCCAGCCUCUUCAAACUAAUGAUGUCACCUUGCAGGUGAUACGUCUGGGUGGUGCACUUGGUGAGGUCAUGGUGUUCUGGUCUGUAACCUCUGACCCCAUGAACCCUCAUGCCCUGGUCAGCAGUGACCUGGUCAACUCUUCUGGCAAUGUGACCUUUGGUGUGAAUCAGAUGACAGAGGACAUUGUGAUUAAUGUUCAUCCUGAUAAUGUUCCAGAGUUAGAUGAGUUGUUCAAUGUCAACCUAAUCAUUGUUACCAAUGGUCAAAUUGGCAAUGCUUCGCAAGCAGUGCUGUCAGUCCUGGCCAAUGAUGAUCCCUAUGGAGUGUUUGUGAUCGACCCGCAGUCUCGAGUUGUCAUGGCAACAGAAGAAAGCACUGAAGUGACCAUGCAGAUUUUUAGGGACAGAGGUACAGAUGGAGAUGUGGAAGUGAUGUAUGCCACCCUGAAUUUCAAUGAGGAGCUCACAAAUCUUCCAGCCCACGUUAGAAGAGCGGAAGAGGGAAAAGAUUUUGAGGCCAAGCAAGGAACGGUGACCUUUAUGGAAGGUCAAGAGACGGCUAAUAUCACGAUCCAGCUGCUGAACGAUGCUAUCCCCGAGACAGAAGAGAGUGUGUUUGUCUACAUCAUCAGUGCUAUGAUUACCAAUCCUGCACAGACAAGACCAGUUGAUGAUUCUCCAAGAGUUGGAGCUGAGAACAUUGGUGAGGUGAAGAUCAUUGCUAAUGACAAUGCUAAUGGAGUCCUUCAGCUAUCCUCUAAUCAGGUCUAUGUGAUGGAAGGACAAUCACAGUCUGUGAUCAAUGUCACGAGAUCAGCUGGGACAUUUGGCACUGUGACAGUCAAAUUCCAAACCAUCCCUGGAACAGCAGAGGUUGGAAUUGAUUACUCCGUUACCUCCACUGAUGUAAUACUGUACGACGGUGAGACUACUAAGCCCCUCCCACUAGAGGUCAUCAAUGACCAGACCCCAGAGGUCGCAGAGACGUUCAGGGUCAUCUUACUGGAGCAGAUCACUGGGGGUGCUGUGCUAGGGUCACCUGAUGAGGCAGAGGUCAUCAUACAGCAGUCCGAUGAUCCGUAUGGAAACUUUGGAUUUGGAUUCUCAAGUCAGAUUGUAACUGAGCCAGAAGAAGGAGAAACGCGGCAGCUAUCACUGAGCGUCAUCAGGAGUGGUGGUACAAUCGGAGUAGUGGCUGUUGAGUGGCAAGCAACAAUCAAUGGUGAGCUAGCUGUAGAUGAUGUCUUUCCUACUGGAGGAACUCUUUACUUUGUUUCCAACGAUGUCACCCGGACGUUCACUCUUAACAUCUUACCUGACGAUGUACCAGAAGAAAGAGAGAAUGUUGUAUUGCUCCUUGUGAAUGCUACAGCUGGAGGGGUGGUUGGUGACCAGCCUGAAGCUACCAUCAGUGUUGAAGCUAAUGAUAAUCCCCAUGGGACAGUGGAGUUUGCCUUGGCAGAUAACCGGGUCCAGGAGACAGAUCUGCAAGACGAUAUUGCUAGUUUGAGAGUCAUUAGAAGUGGUGGAAACUUUGGUACCCUUGAAGUGACCUACAGCACGGAGACCCUCGACCUCAUCUCAGAAGCCACCCUCAAUGGCCAGACCCCAAUCAGUUUCUACCAGACACCAAUAGAGGGCAGUCUCCGGGUGUCCAAGGUGCCCUACGAUGUCUCGUCCUUCUCCAACACGCUCCAGGGAUGCGCUGAGACCUGUCUCCGCCAGCAGGCCUGCGGUGCCUUUGAGUACCGCGCCAUGAAUAUGACGGUUUUGUGUCUGCUGACAGUGUCUUCAGGCACCGAGAGUGUUGACCUUAAUACAGGGUUCAUGCUCUACGUCAAAGACAGUGUCAAGACUCAAGCCUUGUAUGCAAGCCAGGCCAUCUCUGGAGUGGAUUAUGAGCCUGUGACCAGCGGAACAUUCCUGAUCAGAGAUGGAGAGUCAGAAGGCUUUGCCCAAGUUACCAUCCUCAAUGACACUUUACCAGAGCAAGAUGAAACUUUCGGGCUGAGUCUGAUGUCGGUCCGUGUAUUGAACACCAGCCCCGCCCCUCUCAACCUCCCUACCCUGGGGGAUGGUCAGGCUACCCGUGUGACCAUAGAGAACAAUGAUGAUGCUAACGGUGUAUGGAGACUCUACAGUAACAGCCCAGAGGCCACAGAUGGUGGUCAGAUGCUGUCCAUAGAAGAGCAGCCUGGGCUCAGCGUCAGUGUGGAGCUGGUCAUUGAGAGAGGGGGUGGAAACAUUGGUGAAGUGAGCAUCUCAUGGAUGAUAUCUGGUGGGACGGCUACCAGUGGGCUGGACUACUCUGCCAGUGGAGGGACACUCACUUUUACCUCAGGGCAAACCAGACAAGUUAUCAACAUUGGUAUCCGUGAUGAUGACAUCCCUGAGAUUGAUGAGUUCUUCUCUGCUCAGCUUUACAACCCCGGAGGGGGCAGUAUCCUUGGAUCUGAUAGCAAUGUCACCAUUGUCAUCCUUGCUAAUGAUUUUGUAGCUGGCAUCCUACGGUUCUCAACGCUCUCUUACAUCAUCUCUGAAGGCGAGGCCUUCAAUGUGACUGUAGAGCGUUCUACCCCCGGCAUGGGUGAGGUGACUCUUGAUUGGUCCAUUGAGAGUUCCCAGUCUCUGGAUCCAGCUCUCUCCUUCAGACUGACAAAUGGCCAGAUUGUCUUCCAACAGGGAGAACUACUGAAGGAGGUCACACUAGAAUCUCUUCCUGAUGAAACACCAGAAACCAAUGAGAAUUUCCAGAUCAUCCUCACCGAUGUACAAACCACAGGUGUCUCACCUACUGGAGCAGCAUCCAUCGACCCCCAGGGGGCUAGUGCUUCCAUUAACAUUGGGGCUAGUGAUGAGCCCCAUGGGGUGUUCAGCUUCGCUCAGGGAUCCCUGCUGGUGGCCACGCCAGAAGGGGAUCGCUUGGUCCAACUCUUUGUGGAGAGAAAAUAUGGAGCCAUCGGUCAAGUACAAGUAUCCUACACCAUAUCCCAAGGUGCCCUUGACCCCACCAAGCCAGCCAACGAGAGAGCUCUGAACGGGUCAGACUUUGUGGGUGGAGCAGGUUUUGUGGACUUUGCUGAUGGAUCUUCCUCAGAGCCCAUCUCCAUCCUGAUCUAUGAAGAUGAGAUUCCAGAGCUGGAUGAGGUGUUCCUUGUCACCUUGAACAGUGUGGAACUAAUGGGAAGUGGGGAUGUGAACACACCUCCUAAACUGGACACCACUGACCUUGUGUCAGAGGUCACCAUAUCGGCCAAUGACGGCACUCAAGGAGUCAUCAAGUUUGACACUGUGAUUACCAAUAUUGAAGUAUCAGAGGAUGUUGGGUCAGUAAACCUGACAGUACUCAGAGACCAGGGUACCUAUGGAGAGGUGUCUAUCUUCAUCUACAGUCAGCCCAUUGGAGCAAGAAAGGGAGAGGACUACCAAUUUGAUGAUCAGGUGCUUGUGUUUGGAGAUGGUGAGAGUAGGAAGACAGUAACCCUGGACAUUGUGAAUGAUGAGAUUCCAGAGGAUGAUGAGACCCUGGAACUCUUCCUCAACAACCCAACCGGUGGUCUAGAUCUGGGAGAGCCAAUCAGAGUAAUCGUAUCAAUCACAGCUAACGAUGAUGCCUAUGGUGUCGUGUACUUUGUGGGUGUAAACACAGUCACCAUUGAUGAACCUACUGCCACCUCAACGGCUAAUAGUGUAGCACGGUUUGCUGUGCUGAGAGACAGGGGCACCUUUGGUCAGAUCGAUGUACCUUUUGAAGUGAUUGGUGGUGAAGGUGACCUUUCACCCACGACCGGCUUUGUGACCUUUGGCCCAGGUGCACAGGCUGCUGUUCUUCAAAUCUCUGCUGUGACAGAUAACAUUCCAGAGCUUGGUGAAGAGUUCAAAGUUUUUCUUCGUGAGCCAACAGGGGGCGCUAGACUUGGGGCUCCAACCAAUGUCACAAUCAUUAUACAGGAAAAUGAUGCCCCUUAUGGAUCUCUGCAGAUCUUCCCCCAUGGAUCAAGUUCUUCAUUGGUUGAGGUGGAAGAGUCCUCUGGUACAGUUUAUUUCUCCGUAGAGAGAGGAGGUGGGGAUAUAAGCACUGUCACUGUAGAUGUAUCUACACAACCUGGUACAGCUGUUGCUGCUGAUGGUGACAUACCAGUCUUAGCGAAUACCCAGAACAUAACCGGGGUCGGCGUGAGGUCAUGGCACUCCUUCACUUCCAAUGGGGAGUCCUUCUUACUACUCAUUAGCAAUGCAAGGACUGAUCCACUCACCACGGGGGUGAACACUGAUGGUUCAGAGGGACUGCCUGAUAGCAGUAAUGUGAUGGGAUCCAUGCUGUUCAGAUGGCAGGGUGUGUUUAUACCUGUGCAGACCGUAGAGACAGAUGGUGCAGUAAGGGCUUCAUCUAGCACAGUGGAAGGUGGUACCACUCUCAUCGCUAUAGCUAACAUGGGAGCCAGUGGGCGGCGUCAGACUUCUUCACGCAUCUAUAGACUCGAUGCUAAUGGGUCCUUGACAGUGAUCCAAGACAUCUCAACUGUCGGUGCAUCUGAUGUUGAAUUCUUCAACCUUGGGUCAGACACUUACCUUGCAGUCACCCAGCUGAGGAGUAACAAUGGGCAAUCCCUAUCUAACUCCAUUGUCUAUCUAUGGAAUGGUCUCACUUUCAUCCAGAGCUCUCUAUUCAACUCCAAUGGAGCGUCUGCCAUAGAUUCUUUCACCAUCAAUGGCAACCAGUACCUGGCUGUGGCAAACUAUUAUGACUCUUCUCUUGCCUCGUAUGAAAUCAUGUCUGUUGUAUAUGAAUGGCAAGGUGGUAACCUAGUCCAGGUCCAGCAGAUCUCAAGCCAGGGAGCUACUGAUAUCCAAGCUUUCACUGUGGGAUCCAAUGCAUACCUAGCUAUUGCCAACAGUAGGAAUAAUGCUGGUAACACAGAGAUAAACUCGGUCAUCUACCAGUGGAGCUCUGUGACCUCUCAGUUCAUCCUCCACCAAUCCAUCCCCACCCAGGGGGUCCAAUCUGUCAGGGUAUUCGUCACCAGCCCUGAAGGCAUCACUCACCUGGCCCUCGCAAAUGCAGACGGCCCUUCCUCCGUCUAUACCUGGAACACCUUCAACUCCAGAUUUGACCUCCUGGUGACCUCUGACCCUGCCUUUGACCUUGUCUCUCUGGAGGUCGGAGGUAGCACAAAUCCCCUGCUUGCAGCAGCUAACUAUGGAGAUGGUGUUUCGGAUGAGAUGUCUGCCAUGUUGCAGCUGACCAGUGUCGCUGAGGAUUCAGAUUAUGUUCCUUGGUCCACCCAGUUGACCUUCACACCUUUUGAUACUGAACUCACCUUUGCUGUAUCUCUCCUUGAUGACAUCAUUCCGGAGGACGACCAGACCUUCAGCGUCUACCUUUCCAGUCCAUCCAAUGGGGCCGAGCUGGGCUUCCAGAGCCAGGUCGCCGUCACGAUCAUCUCCAACGACGAUGCUCACGGCAUCAUCGGAUUUGCGGCAGAGUCUCUAUCGGUACAGGGAGACGAGAGAGCGACAGACACACCCACGGUUCUAACGGUGGAGAGGCUAGGGGGUACAGCUGGGGUAGUGGUGGUGGAGUGGGAAGCGACAGGACAGCUUGCUGCUACAGAUGUCAGGCCCCUUGUUGGCCAGAUUGAGUUCCUGGAUGGUGUUUCCACGGCACCCCUGGUCAUCACCAUCCUCGCUGAUGACAUUCCAGAGCUUGACGAGACCAGCACCAUCCGCCUCACUCGCAUCAUCAACCCAGGAACGACUCGUACUGACCGGGGUGCCACCAUCAGUUCAUCAACUAGUGCAGCAGAGCUUAGGGUCCUAGCCAAUGACUCUCCUCAUGGAGUGUUUGCAUGGAACCUGGAGUCUCUCUACACGGCCGUGGAUGAACCAGAAGGGUCACAGGGGUCAAGGAGUGUCACUAUGUAUAUGACGAGGGAGCAGGGCUUUACUGGUGUGGUCAAUGUGUACUACAGUACUUCUGAAGCCGCAGGUUUACCUGAGAUCCAGAGAGCUGAGAGUGGAAGUGAUUUUGCUGCCAGACAAAACUUUGUCACCUUUGAAGAUGGUGUCGAUGUUGCCUCAGUGACUGUCAAUGUAUUACCUGACACUGAUGCAGAGGGUCCCGAGACAUUCUUUGUCAACCUGACAUCUGUGGAGCUAGUAUCAGGUCAGUCAGUCAGUGGAGCUCAACCCAGCAUCAAGAAUGGACAGGACGUAGCAGAGGUUACCAUCAGACAGAAUGACAAUGCUAAUGGUAUCCUGCAACUCAACGUCACUAAGAAUGCUGAUGGUGAUGUGGAGGUCUAUGAAGGUUCUGGUACCAGUGGUAUCCUCAAUCUUCCGGUGCUGCGUACCGCCGGUGCAAUCGGUACCGUGGGUGUGAGCUGGUUAGCCACCACAGUCAGCGCCUCCACAGCAGAUUUCAACCCUCUGUCGGGCAACAUCACUCUGGUUAACGGACAGAGAGCUGCCACCAUAUCAAUCAACAUUGUAGAUGAUCGUAUCUAUGAAGAUGAUGAGCGUUUCACAGUAUCCCUCCACAGCCCAGCUGGAGGCGCUGUUCUAGGUAGCGAGACAUCCAUCAUUGUUAAGAUCCUCAAGAACGACUCGCCGAAGGGACUCUUUGGAUUUGCCUUUACACAGGAGAGUGUAUCUGAAUCUGGUGGUCCUGUGACCUUCACGGUAGAGAGGAGCCAAGGUGUGGAGGGGAACAUAGAUGUGAGAUGGGAGGUAGAGGCAGCAGGGAGGAUGGACCUCACUCCAUCAUCAGGAGCACUCUUCUUCCAACAGGGUGAUGCCAGAAAGUCCAUCAUAUUAGAAGCAAUCCAGGAUAACAUUCUGGAAGGAGAAGAACGUUUCACUCUCUCUCUCACAUCAGCCACUGUUGAUGCUGAGAUCUCCCCUGUGUCUGGUUCAGCUACGGUAGUGAUUCUUGCCAACCCUGAUUCAGCUGGUAUGGUGAGCAUCCUAUCAGACUCCAGGAAUGUUAUGAUUGGUGAACCCAUGCAGGGAUACAAUGGACAGGCUACGAUACAUGUGACUCGUGGUGCUGGCAUCUUUGGUGAAGUGACGGUCAACUGGCAGAUCUCUCCGGCCGGUGAUAAUGCCUUCUUAGAGACGUCAGGACAGAUCAUCUUCAGAGACAGACAGCAGAAUGCUACUAUUACCAUACAGACCCUAGAUGAUUCAAUACCAGAGCUAAGGACCACCUACAUGCUGGUUCUAGCCUCGGUAACAGGAGGUGCUUCAAUUGACUCCGCUUCUGGGGGUAGCCAGGCAACCAUCGUCAUGGUAGCCAGUGACAAUCCCUUUGGUGUCUUUGAGUUUGACCUGCCCUCUGAGAUAACCGUCAGUGAGGAUGAUAAUUUGGUAUCCAUCCCCAUUGUGCGAAACGCAGGUAUCUUUGGUACGGUGCAGGUCUCCUACACCACCACGCCUUACUCCGCCCAGGAGGGUGCAGACUUUGCACCCUCUACCGGAGCCUUGACCUUCUCAGAGGGUGUAGACAGCCUGGACGUUACCCUAGCAAUCCUUCAGGAUGCCAUCCCUGAAGGACCAGAAGCAUUCUGGCUCAACAUUACUGCUGUACGGCUCCUUGCUCCAACAAACACGGACUACACACCAAUCAAUGGACUUCAGCGUGACAUGCCACCAGUGCUAGGUUCCCUGUCUGUGAAGACUGUGAUCAUUGGCUCCAAUGAUAAUGCUGAAGGAAUCGUUGAAUUUGACAAGUCUCUAUAUGAAGUCCAAGAGGAUAUUGGCACCGCCAUGAUUCCUCUAGUCCGCAACGCUGGUAACUUUGGUUUGGUCAGCGUUUCCUACGAGGUAGAGCCUCUGGAUGCCACACCUGGAGGUGUCGAUUUCCUCCUCACCAGCGGAAAGAUCACCCUGGCCGAUGGCCAAUCAGAAGCCUUCAUCCCCAUCACCAUCAUCGACGACACCUUGAAGGAGUUCUCGGAGUCGUUUAACAUCCGCCUGACGGGAACAGAAGGGGGCGCCCUGCUUGGGGGUAAUCUCACAGCGACGGUCGUCAUAUCAAAGAGUGAUGGUCCUGAUGGUCUCAUUGGCUUCACCUUGUCAAACCUUGACAGGGUGAUUGCUAACCCUCCUAACGACAGGGAUCUGACCUUUACCAUUGAACUCUCAGGGGGUCUGGAUGAAUACCUUGUUGGGACAGAGGUUCGUUGGAGGAUACUAGGCCCUAACACAGACUCCAUCCUGCAAACAACUGAGGAUAUAUCCACACCAGGUGGCUUCCUACAGGGGUCUGUGACCUAUGGCCCAGGUCAGAGAGGGUCAAGGACCUUUGACCUGCAGGUCAAGUCAUUUGUAGGACCAGAAGUGGAGGAGAUGUUUAUAGUAGAGAUCUACCAGCUUGUCAGUACAGGAGAGAUUGAUAAUGGACGAAAGCAGGCUAGGCUCACUGUUCUGAAGUAUGGGGACCCUAAUGGAAUAGUUCAGUUCAUAGCAGAAUCUGUUCAGCCUCGCUACUUUGAUGAGCCGUCUGAUGGCAGCCCAUCUCAGAGAGUAGCCUUUCCACUGAGCAGACGAGAGGGAUUGGUAGGAGAUAUACAGGUUUAUUGGGAGGUAAGAGACUCCUUGGGCCAAACCAUCACAACGGACAUGUCACCUACCAAUGGAACAGUAGAGUUCCCUGAGAACAUUGCUACUGCAUCCAUCCUCCUGGAGGUGCUCCCUGAUACACUACCGGAGCUAGAAGAGGGGUUCACUGUUACCCUUGUUUCUGCCGAUGGGGGUGCAGAGAUAGACCCUGUCCUCCACACAUCUGAGUUUUUUGUCAAUGCAAAUGAUGACCCUCAUGGCAUCUUCAGUGUGAUGGAUGAGAGCCAGACCAUCAUCUUGGUUGGUAACAACAGACGUCGUCUGAGACUAACCAUUGAUAGGUCAGCUGGUACAGUAGGAGAUGUUCAGAUAGGCUACCAGCUUCAGUACAAUGAUGGUGUGACAGGUGCCUAUGUACCAAGCAGUGGAUCCAUUCUGUGUAGAGACGGUGAAACUCAGUGUGAGGAAGAAGUUGCCCUUCUCAACAAUGAUGUGUUUUUAGCUGAGGGUUCCACCUUCACACUCAAUCUCACCUCGGUCACCUACAUGGGAGCAGAUACACCUGUUAUACCACCAUCGAUAGAUUCAAUCAGUGAUAGCGCCACCAUUGUUGUGCCAGAAGAAGUUGCCAAUUCACAGGUUGGAUUCAGCGAGACAGGGAUCAUGGUGGAUGAUGCAACCCUUGAGGUCACCCUCUCCAUACAACGAUUGGGUUUUUAUGGCAAUGUGGAUGUCACAUGGCAGAUGGGUCACAAGUCUGGUGAUAUCCCAGCAGGAUUCAUGGACGGAGCUGUGACCCCUAGCACAGGUCAAAUCAGGCUCGUUCAAGGAGAAUCCACAGAGACUUUUACUGUUACGCUGAGCCCAACUGGUAUAGACACUGAGCUGUUUGCUGUACACAUCACCAAUGUAUUCUCCAAUGUUGCUGGAGGUGCUAUGGCUUGGGAUAGCUAUGAUACAGCUAAGAUUGAUCCGUAUGGCAUCGUGGGUUUCACUGAUAGCUCAAGACAGCUUGUGGUUCAAGAAUCAGACCAGCAGGUAUCUCUGGUGCUGGAACGAGCUGUGGGUACCCUGGGCAGUGUCCGCAUCACCUACAACACCGUUGCUUACACCGCUGUACCGGGUGAAGAUUACACUGCUGUUACCAGCGGUGCCGUGACUCUAGCCAACACACAGCGUAGUGCUACCAUCAUAGUACCCCUCCUAGAGGACCUCGAGCCAGAGUUGGAUAAGAUCUUCUUUGUUAAUAUCACUGGUGUACAGAGGCUCCCCAUCGGAUCAGGCCAAGGCAUCAGCCCCAAGCUCAGUUCCAUCUACUCCACGGCUGAAGUCACCAUAGAGGGCAGCAAUGAUCCCUAUGGUGUGAUAAGCCUCGCCCCAGCUACUAUGGCAACGGAUGAAGCAGAGACUUCCAGCAAGACCCUCACAUUCACAGUCCAAAGAACAGGUGGAUCUUAUGGAACCAUUCGCGUCAGAGCUCAAACUGUCGGUGGUGGGGAAUUAUGGCAGGCUGCCCUCGUUGGUCAAGUAACCAACAUGUCAAACACAAUCGAGCAAGCGUUGGCCAACUCACAGGGGCAGGAGUCAGCCGAGGUUGAUGCUGAUUAUCAGCUCCUUGAAGAGGAACUUGUAUUGAAUGAGGGAGAGACGAGUACAAAUAUAUACCUGACAGUGAACAGUGAUGACAUCCCUGAACCAGAUGAAAUCUUCUUCAUCUACUUGAGCCAACCUGAAGGCGGGGCUCGUAUCGCUCAGGGAGACAGUGAUGGAGGAUUGAAGGGCUUUACAGAAGUGAUCAUCAGAGGCAAUGAUAAUUAUAAUGGUAUCAUUGGAUUGACUGAUGCAUCCCUCUAUGUUACUGUGUAUGAGGAUAUGAACCCAGUCGCUAUGCUCACUCUGGAUCGCGGAGAAGCUUUCUUUGAAAAUGUUACAGUCAACUGGAGGGCAACCUACAGCCAAUCAGAGGACCUUGUAGGUGACCUUGACCUCUUUGAUCAGCUGACAGAGGUCAGUGGUGAGGUCACCUGUGAGGGCAGCGUUCGCUACUGCUCCCUUCCCAUCACCCUCAGGGAUGAUGAGGAUCCUGAGUUUGCUCAGUCUUUCCUGAUUGAGUUGACUGGAGUGGGAGAAGGGGCUAGUCUGGCUGACAGCAGCAGGUUGUUUGCUAACGUUACCAUGGCUGAUAGUGACUUCCCAAAUGGACUUCUGCAGUUCUCUAUUGAAUCAAGGCUCAUGAGUGUUGACACCUCAGCUGUUGAGGUCAGCCUGACAGCUGAAAGGGUCGGAGGGACCUCCAAGACGGUCAGAGUUAGUUGGUCAACCGGUCAGCUCCAGUCACCUACCACCACAGCAGGUGUUACCCUCUACCCAGCCAUAGGGGGUGCAGAGUUCACCUCUCAGACUUCUACACUUGUCUUUGCUCCUGGACAACGUCGUUUACCAAUCACCAUAACCCUAACACCUGACAAUCCAGCCUCAUCAGGGAAUUUCCCCAAGCAGUUCCAAGUCAGGCUGACCACAGCUAACAAUGGAGCAAGUGUGGAAAGCUCUUAUGGUACUGCUGAUGUGAUCAUCAGCGGAGAUACAACCUCCUCUGAUGUAUGGGACACCUGGUAUACCUCACUCACAGACACUACCAAUUCAGGCAUUUACAAUGUUCUGCAGAGUCUGCCAGACCAUGUGAGGUUAGAGCUGAGUAGCAACCAGGUUGCCCUGGUAACAGACAGUCUCAACAACAUAGUAGCUGAGGGUUACAGGAGAAGACUGCCUAGUGAUAUCCAGAACCAGAUGAUGAGCUUGUAUUGUACCCUGAUGAUGCCUACUAGGUCAGACAGCCGUGGUGUCUAUGCCUUGGCUGAAUCCUUUACAGCCUUCUCCUACACCCUAGUGACAGGCACAGAGUGUGAGACCAUGGAACCUAGGGUCAUGGAAUGUGAGACGGCUAAGAUGGAGGUAGCAAGAUGGCUGCCAGAUACCGUUAAUGGGCAUAGAUUCGAUGGGAAGGAGAACAACUUCUUCACCUUACCUACUGAUCUACUGAAUGAAGAACUCCAUGGAAAGAGUUCUAAUGAUCCUAAGUGUGAGGAUGUCCACUUCAUUGAGUAUACUAGUCAACAGUGGUUCUAUGGUAAUGAGGACUUGGAAACUCUUAAUAAACAGGUCAUGUCUGUCGGCAUCAAGGGGGCAGAGACAAACUUCACCAACCUCCUGACACCGGUACGAUACCGCAUCUACACCGGUGAUUCCAGGGUUACACCCUUAGGAGCAACCUGUAUCCUCUACAAUGGCCCCUCCCGUCAGUGGCUUACUAGCUUCUGUAAUGUAGUGUCUGAUAACCGUGACUUUGUGGAAUGUUCUUGCAAUCAUCUCUCAGAGUAUGCAGCUCAAGCUGAAACAGAUAAUCUGAUAGGUUACAAUGAGUAUGUCUACGCAUCAUGCUUCAUCUGUAUUGGUGGGAUGUUCCUGGCUCUGGUAGCUCAUUACUUCUGUGCAGUCCAGUGCAUGUUUGCUGCUAAGCUCCUACUCCACUGCUGCUUUUCAUGUUUUGCCCUUCAGAUUGUGUUUGUAAUCUCUGCAUACAUCAGUAGUUGGGUUGGUGUGCAGGGAUGUUCAGCUCUAGGUGUGGUUAUGCACUUCUUCUUCCUCUCUCAGUUCACAUGGAUGCUCAUACAGUCUGUAAACUUCUGGAAAGUCUUUAUUUUGAAUGAUGAGCACACCGAGCGGUUCUAUGUUCUCUUCUUUGUACUGGGUUGGGCGCUCCCAGUGCUAGUGAUCGUGGUGUAUGUGGUCGUAGCCUAUGCAGGCCUUGGAUGGGAUUUCUUCCAAGACGAGACAUCAGGGACACUACAAGCCAUCUACGGGGAUGUGCAUGGCAAUGGAGACAUAUGUUUCAUGCCCAACGGCUAUGCAGCCCUGGCUACAGCAAUGGCACCUGCAGCCUUGUGUAUGAUUGGGGUCUUUGUAGUCGUCAUACAGGCUUAUCAGGUCAAACCUCAAUGGAAGAGGUAUGAUGAUGUCUACAUGGGCAGCUAUAACACUACAGAGUACAAGUUGAUGUUGGUGUUCUGGUUGAUCAUAGCAUUUACCUGGCUGUGGGGAGGUCUCCAUAUGGCAUACAGUCAACUAUGGCAACUUAUCCUCUUCUGUGUCUUCAAUAUACUUCAGGGUCUAUACGCCUUCUUCUUCUACACGGUGCUGCGCAACCAGCUCUGCCGACAUCCCUCCAAAGGCAACUACACUUUGAACGCUUACGACAACACCGGGCUGAUCCUGGACAAUAGCCACACCUACUCCACCCAGAACCUAGUGUCACUGCCGAACGAGAAGGGAUCCGUGUCAAGGAGUGGCACACUGACCAAGCUAGAGGCUCAGCAGAUGAUUGAUAGGGCUAUGAGUCAGAUGAGCCACCAUGCAGAGCUUGAUUGGGAUCGCCAAUCUGUACGCAGUCACCACAGCAUCCUCAAUACCAAGACACCAUCCAUCCAAGGUAGCAACCUCUAUGCCCCUACCCCCUUCCAAGAUGCGCUCCCGACCGCUGCCCCACCCCUCCCCCAGCUCCGCCUCCAUCCCUCUCCACCCGUCCCUCCCCCGCCCCCAGCUCCGGUCAUUAUGGAGCAGGAUGACGACACAGAGUCACAGGACUUUGAUGAUCUCAUCUUUGCGCUCAAGACGGGCGGGGCCUAUCAGCUGGCUGAUUCACAGCAGGAGAGACUCCAAUCAAGAGCUUCCAGCGCACCGCCGCCGCAUCAGUCGUGGAAGGAGCAAGAUGAAAUCUCACCGGUAUUGAGAGUAUCACCUGACAGUGAAGAUCAUUAUCAGAUGAGAAGGAUCAACAUUGCUGAUACUCAUUUAUGAUCUUUCCUUUUAAAUGAAAAUGACUAUAUAAAUUCCCUAUAGUACUACAUUCAGGUGACUCAUAAUCAAGUGUACCUAGCAACAUACUUUAUAUUGUAUUCAUUUGCAAUGGUAAAGUUGCCAAGUGACAGAUUUUACAGAACUGUGAAGAAGAAGAAGUCUAUUUGAAGAUGACUUAAUGCUUUAAUAAUUUAUAAUAAUUUAUUGUUUAUUCCAUGGAAGAUCAAUCAUGAAAAGUAAUUUUUUGAAAGAUGUGUAAUGAAAACAGUAAGCAAAUAAUAUAUUUGAUGAUAGGUUUUCUUCCUUUUUUAUAGAGCUUGACAACAACUUUAAUAUUAUAUUAAAUGGUUCUUUGCUACAUAUAGUUUUGAAAGAUAUUUUUAAAUUAGAAUAGAUUUGUAAACCUAUCAUGAUCAUGUAUUGAACUACACAGUACUAAUAUGAUGAGCCUGAGCAGUGUAGCCUUUAAGCAAGUGCUAAUGAACUCAAAUGUUUUCAAGAUGUACUACACUCUCUCCAGGGAAAAGAUUGUACAUUUAUUUAAUUGUAUUGAUUAUCUUCUUGCCUCAGAAUUAAUGUGAUGUAAGAUACUCAGCAUGGUGCAGAUGUUAACUGUAGUUGUAAUGCUACUACCAUGUUUUGCUCUAGUGAUAACAUUUGUAUAAAUGUUUGAUUUUGAAUUUGAAUAAUUCACAAAUUGAUUGAGCAUGUGAACUGAAAUUGAAAUGUGUGAUUUUUAGGAUUAUGUUAUCGUAGCUGUUUGUGAAAAACUUUUUUUUGUAAUAAUUGUAUGUGCAUAACUAUUUAUAGGAAGACAAAGUAUUAAUUUAGAAACCUGGCAUAUUUACAAGGGAAACAAAUUAAAAAAUGAAUCUUUAUCUUUUAUUGCAAUUGUUUUGCAGAUAUGAUAUUAUUCAUGAUAAUAUCUAAUAUGCUUCACCUUGCUGCAAGCAAUUCCAUUUGAUAAUUGUCACACAAUGACUUUGGACACAAGCAGUUUCAGUGGGCCUCAGUGAGGUCAGGUUUUCAUGAUUUUGGUGUUGUGUAUGGAGGGGGGGGGGGGGGAGGCAUUUUUGCAAAGUGCACCCAUCAGAAAGGGAAAAGGCACUUUAAUAUAUCUUAAAUUGCGUGUAAUUUGCUGUGAUCGUAUGAUCCUAAUGCUUAAAUAAUUUGUAUACAUUGUGUAUUAUUUACAGAAAUGUUCAUACGCAAACAUUGUUGAAUAUCAACUGUGUCAAAGGAUUAUUGUUAGUGUGUUUUAUGUGAAUUAGGAAUGGCUGAAUAUUUAUAUUGUAAUGGUUAUGUACUUUCCAUAGAAUGUCUUUCAAUUUUCUCUUCUAUUUUCUAUGGUUUAACUAACAUAGUUAUAUUGUAGGAAUUUAUUCAUGCUAUGUAUCAAAGUGACCAAAAUCCUUCAUACCGAAUGACACAAGAUUCAUGAUUCUUAGAAGGAAGUUUGCAAGAACAGUUGAAACAAAAUAAAUGUUUUCUAGUGAUAUUACACUAGCUCCCAACAAGUACAUAAACCAUACAAAUCUGGAUAAUUGUAUACAAUCCUACUUUAUUUCAGAACACAAAAAAAAUAGCAAUUAUCAAAUAUAGCAGUAUAAGUACUUAUUAAGUUGUUCAAUGCCAACAUCCGUCCAUACUGGCAAUAAUGAACUUGCAUUUCAACACCUUGAUAAAUUGUUGGGACACAAAAUAAAAAUGCAUGUGAAAUUAAUAGACUUGAACUUUCAUAAUGUAAAAACAAGAGAAUUUAAAUUCUUGUAAAUGCCCAAAUAUAUCAUGAAUACAAUGAUUCCAUUCAUUUUAAUAAUGCACCUGUAUUUUUAUAAAGAACUUUCCAUAUUUUGUCCGUUUGGAGCCAGAAGGGCAUUAACCUGGCAAACAGAGAUAACGCUCUUCUGGCUUUGAACAGACUAAUUACAGAUAUGGGUUUCCAUUGAUAUGUAAAUUCACAACAAUAAUAAUACUUAUGUCACUUAUAAAUGUACUGAAACCUUGAAUACGUCAACUAACACUUCAAUUUCUGAGGUAUAUGUUAUAUCAAUAAUUAGUACUGUUGUUCACCUUGAUAUUACAUGCAUUUAUAUUACUUGAAUCAUACACCUUGACUUUUCUACUAAAAUAUAUAUUCUAUUAUAUUACAUGUAUUUUCUUUUUAUAUAAAAGAUGCAUUCCAUUUUUUAA